AUGAGCCAACAUCACCAUCCCUCCAAACCCCAACCCGCCCCAACAAAUACCCCGUCCACAACCCCAACCCGCCCCUCUGCAGCGAGCCCUCCGAGCCCUGCAAACCCUGCAAACCCUGCCGUCGGUCCUGCUGCCGUCGGCUCCACCUGGACCAAGUCCGAUAUUCCAAUUAGAUCCUUUUCUGGAUACUCCAUGCAGUUCACUGCAUGGACCUCCCCUAACUCUGCCGCCGCGGCGGCGGCUGCUGCGGCGGCUGCCGCCGCAACUGCAGCUACAGCAACACCGGCGCCCGCGGCCUCCCCCCUUUCGAAGAAGAUCCUGGCAGACACACCCACACACCACCCUCCGCCCGCCACUUUACCGAAAACAGAGAUCUGA